AUGUCACCAUCAUUAGACCGGACAACAGUCAUUAUUCUCUUGAUAAUCACCUACAUAAGUCUCUAUUAUCUUCGCUUUCUAAACCGACAAACACGUCUUCGUGGCCCAAUUCCAUUUCCAAUAGUUGGCAAUCUCCCUCAACUCAUUUACUAUCUAAUCAAAUACGAUUUCAAUCUCGACAAAGUGAUAUGCGUACUUUCACACACACACGGCGAUUUUUUUGAACUUCAUAUCCCAUUUCUUGUUUCUUCUGAUCCGGUGGUUGUGAUUGGCAAUGCAGAUUACACAGAAAAAAUAUUUGCAUCUCAUUCCGCAUCCGGAAAUUAUACGAAAAGAGUCGUGCGUCGUCAAGGAUUGGAUGAACUUGGAUUCUCGCAAAAAGGCGUUUUGUUUAAUCAAAAUAUUCCAAACUGGUUAUUCAAUAGAAAGUUCUUCAGGGAUGGAAUUGUGGCGCGUAAUGUUCUAGAAGAGAAUAUUAAAACGUGCAUAAACUCUUUUGAAGAGUUGGACAAAGCGUGGAUUGAAAUAGGAUCGAAACAAAAUGCGGAAACUGAAAUGGUUGCUAAAGUGAAUUUAGUUGAUUGGUUAUUGAGAUGGUCUACUGAAAUUAUUUUUCAAGUAUCAAUACGCCGAAAAGUGAAUGCCAUCGCUCGAUAUACAGAUUCCCUUUUAUCUCGUGAAGUAAAACCCACGAUCUUGGAAGAGAAUAAUCAACAACAAAGGCAGAUUAACAUUGACACGGAAUCUUUUAUUAAACACGUUUGUGAUUUCUUCCCGACACUUUGGUUAUUUCUCACCACCCCAAAGUGGGUACGAAGAUAUUUUCCCCCCGUUGCUCGAUUAGCGGAGGAAUUAAAAUCGAGUAUGAACAACCUCAAUCAUGAUCUGUUGAAAAUAAUUCAAGAACGACGUAUAGAGAUUUCUCGUCAUUCGAAACCAGAAACUGAACAAGAAAAAGAAAAAUUGAGGGAUUUUUUGACGAUGAUGAUUACUAUUAAUACCCCUUGGGAUGUUACUAAAGAUAAUAAUAAGGACGAAUUCGACACUAAACCGAUGAAUGAUGAUUUGAUUAGAGAAAAUCUAUUGAAUGCUUUGGGUCCCGGUGCCAUUACAGGUGGAACGCAAUUUAUAAUUCACCAAGUAGGCAUCCACAUGAACCCCCUUCACUGGAAACGUCCCGAAAUAUUCGAACCCGCCCGAUUUCUUGCUUCUCCAUUCAAUGCAUCACUUGCCACAUCACCGGAAGCGAUUUCAGAUGGAGUCCCAAUUAAGAAUUCUUUUCUUUAUUUUGGUGGAGGAUCACGCAUGUGCCCGGGACGUGCAUUAGCAAUCAAUGAGCUGAAAGCCUUUGUGACAUUGUUUUAUAGAAAGUAUGAUGUCGAGUUGGUAAAUCCAGACGCAAAGAUUCAUUGGGAUCACGUGUUUAUUAGAAAUAAAUUAAGAGUAAUGCAAGAAUCCGCUAGCGUGCAUAUUCUUUCUAUUGCAUAG